AUGGCAUUCUGCGAGGUUUCCCAGGAUCAGUCUCCUGGCACACCUGCUGCCGCUGGAGAUUUUGGCUUCAAGGUCUUGACUUCUUCCGAUCCUGCGGAGAAGACCAAGAAAUUGUCGGCGGAACUUGCCAACGGAAGACUUGCGAUGAUGGCGAUCAUCGGCAUGUUCUUCCAGGAUGGACUCACCGGCAGCGCAUGGGGUGACUGGGCCAACUACACCGCUUCUCCAUUGCGCGCGUUCGAGAAUGAGUUGGGUGUUCAGGCCCCUGUGGGAUUUUGGGACCCCGCCGGAUUCACAGCUGAUGGCAGCGUAGAGGACUUCAAGCGCCGUCGUCAGACUGAGCUCAAGCAUGGUCGCAUCUCUAUGCUCGCGACGAUGGGAUAUAUCACCCCGGAGAUCACUGGAAAGCUCCCAGGGUACUUGUCCCCAUCGGCCGGAUUGAAGUUCGCUGAUGUGCCCAAUG